AUGUCUUUCAGAAAUCCUAAAGCUGUAGGACAGCUUACAAAAAGAACUUCACAAGCUACUAUCUCACGCCUCACAAGCAAUGUCUCUCCCACCACAACCUCAUUAUUGCAAAGGAACAACGCAGACCAGUCCAGACCUUUUGCGACUCCAGUGCCGCCGGUGACACAAGAUGCGACGGGAAGGAGGGGACCCACGGCAAUGGUGCUCAUGAAUAUGGGUGGUCCACAAACCACAGAUGAAGUUGGGGAUUUCUUAAAUGCCGAUUUAAUUCCUCUUGGACGUUUUCAAAACUACCUUGGACCUCUCAUUUCGAAACGUCGUACGCCGAAGAUUCAAAAGCAAUAUGCUGCAAUUGGUGGCGGCUCCCCAAUUCGAAAAUGGUCAGAACAUCAGGCCGAAGAGAUGUGCAAGUUAUUAGACAAAAUGUCACCCGAAACCGCACCACACAAACCAUACGUUGCAUUCAGAUAUGCGAAUCCUUUGACUGAAGAGAUGUAUAAUAAGUUGUUGGCGGAUGGUUUUGGAGGCGGGAAAGGUGGAAGAGCAGUAGCAUUCACACAAUAUCCUCAAUACAGUUGUUCCACAACAGGAAGCAGUUUGAAUGAAUUAUGGAAGUGGAGACAGAGACUCGAAGGAAAAGCUGCUGGAAGUCCAAAUGGUAGUGAUGGAACAAUCAAUUGGAGUAUUAUUGAUAGGUGGCCAGCACACCCAGGUCUUGUUGAAGCUAUCGCACAAAACAUCGAGGCUACUUUAGCGACAUAUCCUGAAAAGGAUAGAAAGGAUGUUGUAUUACUUUUCUCCGCCCAUAGUUUACCAAUGUCUGUGGUCAAUAGAGGUGAUCCCUAUCCCGCCGAAGUUGCCGCUACAGUCUAUGCUGUGAUGCAAAGAUUAGGUCACUCCCAUGCAUAUAGACUCUGUUGGCAAUCGCAAGUUGGGCCUAGUGCAUGGCUAGGAGCUCAAACGAGCGAUACUGUCGAGGAAUAUGUCAAGAAGGGCCAAACGAAGCUCAUACUUAUUCCCGUCGCAUUCACAUCAGAUCAUAUCGAAACACUUUAUGAAUUAGACGAUGAAGUCAUUGGAGAAUCAGGCCACAAAGAUACUAUCAAGAGAUCUGAAAGUUUGAAUGGCUCACCAGUAUUCAUUCAAGCAUUGGCCGACAUUGCUAAAGCACAUUUAGACAGCGGAAUUGCCUGUAGUGUUCAAAUGGGAUUAAGAUGUCCUGGAUGCACGAGUGAGAAAUGCGCAGAGACUAAGAAAUUCUUCGCUGGAAGUGAGAGAACAUUUGCCGCGUAA